AUGCCACCGGCUAAGAAGUUAGAAGAGCUUGAGAAAGUUGUAGAGAACCUCCAGAGGGAGAUCCAACAAGUAUCGGCCUUGGAUAACGAAGUUAACGAAAUGAAGAAACAGUUGGGUAAGCUUGACGUUCUUGAGAAACAAAUGGCUAAGCGGGAUAGCGUGACACGCACCAACCAACCCCCACCGCCGAGAAGUGAGUCUCCUGAAAGGCGAGAGCCACUCAACCGAAACAUUGAGUUGCCCCUGUUUGACGGAGAAGACGCGAAAGGAUGGGUAGGUCGUGUAGAGCAGUACUUCGAACUCAAGGAAUACACGGAGGAAGAGAAGUUGUGUGCAGUCAGAGUGUGUUUCUCCAGCGAUGCUCUCACCUGGUAUCGAUGGGAAAGGGAUCGACACCCUUUUCUCAGUUGGGAGCAGAUGAGAGACCGAAUCUUGGAAAACUUUGCUGAAACACAAGAUCUGACGGCCGGGGAGCGGCUGCUGCUGCCCCGGCAGGACGAAACCGCAGGGCAAUACUGCAAGGAGUUCAAAGCUCUUGCAUCUAAUGCACCGGAGGUUUCAGAGAAAGUCUUAGAGAUGACCUUUAUGAUUGGUUUAAAACAGAAGGUUAGAGCAGGGGUCAAGAUGUUUGAACCGCGAAACCUGAAGAAGAUGAUGAGCCUCUCCAAAAUGGUGGAAGACUGGAACAAACAUGGUGACUCGCCGCCGAUUUUGGGGUGGGAAAGUUCAAACAGAGCAGCGAACAGCGGAACCGGAGAGAAAGUAGUGACACGUGGGACACCGUACACAGGGGGAGGGGCAAAUCCAUCAAAUGCCAAGAGCUUUGUCUCUUCUACUCACGAGAGCAAAACGAUGACGUCGCGAACAACUGGAGAAAAAAUUGCCAACCCUAAUUCGAAACCCUCAGAACCACGACGACCUCCAUUCAGGCGACUUACUGACGCGGAGGGGCUCCAGGACGACGAAGGAACUUACAGAGAAGACGGCGGAGAGGAGGCAGCGACCGAAAACGUCGAGGUACCGGAAUUUGCAGCGAUAUCGAUCCAAUCCGCCGCAAGAAUCUCCUCUCCACGCACCAUGAAGUUGAGGGGAAGUGUACAAGGGGAAGAAGUGGUGGUAAUGAUCGACAGCGGAGCCACCCACAACUUCAUAUCCAGCAUGAUGGCUCAGCGGUUGGGGAUAAUUCCGAGGGGAACCGCGGGGUUCGGUGUGAGAAUGGGAAACGGGUUGAUGGUGAGAGGAAGCGGGGGAGCAGUGGUUACAGACAUUGGGAGACAUGAGGGUGAACUGGCUCGAACAGAGGAUGAGUUUCAUGGUCGAGAGAGAUUGGGAUGGGAAGGGCUCUAUGUGGAAUAUACCAACCAACCUUACCCUAUCGAAGGAGAUGAAGACACAACACCGGAGAUUUUUCAGUCGCUAUUGGAGGAAUUUGCUCUGGUGUUCUCUGAACCGCAGGGGCUUCCUCCCUCACGCGGCAAGGAACAUGCGAUCACUCUCAAACCAGGCAGCGAACCAGUAGGCGUGAGACCCUUCCGGUAUCCUCACGCCCAGAAGGAAGAAAUCGAAAGGCAAAUUUCUGUGAUGCUAGCCGCAGGAAUCAUUAGAGAGAGUGGUAGUCCCUUCUCAAGUCUGGUGCUUCUAGUUAAGAAGAAAGACGGUAGCUGGAGGUUUUGCGUCGACUACCGCUCCCUCAACAAAGCCACAGUACCGGACAGCUUCCCCAUCCCAAUGAUUGACCAGUUGUUGGACGAGCUCCAUGGAGCAAGAGUGUUCUCAAAGCUCGACUUGCGUUCCGGUUACCAUCAGAUCUUAGUCAAGGCUGAGGAUGUCCCAAAAACAGCUUUUAGGUCCCAUGAUGGACACUACGAGUUCCUCGUGAUGCCCUUUGGUCUAACGAACGCACCAACUACUUUCCAAUCUCUGAUGAAUGAUGUAUUCCGUCCCUUCCUGCGGAAAUUUGUGCUGGUCUUCUUCGACGACAUCCUUGUCUACAGUCGCUCGAAGGAAGAACACCAAGGGCAUUUGAGAGAAGUACUCAAACUCCUUCAGCAGCAUCAGCUAUACGCCAACAGAAAGAAAUGUCAGUUUGGUACCUCCACCAUCGCAUAUUUGGGACACAUCAUCUCCCUGGAAGGAGUCUCAGCCGACCCGAGAAAGAUACAGGCCAUGGUGGAAUGGGAACCACCGUCCAACAUCAAAGCCUUGAGAGGAUUCCUUCGAAUAACUGGAUAUUACUGA